CGCGCGCGCGUCUUUCAUUUCUUAUUUGAAUCGAGACGUUCGCACGCACGCACCGCUUGCUCCGUGGCCCGUACGUGACGCCCUGCUUGCAGCAGUUAAAACGGCGCAUCUCGAUUGCAUCGGAUCAUCAAAGGCGACGAUGCUUCCCAGCAGUCUCAGGGCAACGGAGCAGUGAGCAGAGAGCUUAGCUCGGGCUCGUUCUCACCGUCGAGGCAUUCGACGCCCCUGAGACCGCGGAACUCUCUCGAGAUCGCCAGAAGAGGGGGGAAGUACUCUGACCUCUCUGAAGACGUGUCCCUGCUGUAUUCGGAGAUCAGCCAGACUACAACAACACAGUCAUCGGGAAUUCUGCGGUCUUCGGAUGCCACUGAGCUGCAGGCGAAGCAGGUUCGCUUUGGGCCCAUCAUCCGAAACGGAAGCCCUCGCCACAGCCUCUACAGUGAUACUGACGAGUCUGAAAACGAAGUCGUCAGUGGCUGGGGCCUUAAGCAGGGAGUUCCAAACGGCCUGCACGACGCAAAAGACUCCAUCAACCUCGCACGAGGGCAGAGGGCAGCCAGCGAAUCCACCACCUCGGUCACCACUACGAUAACCUCUGUGACAGACAUGCCAGGUACAGGCACACCUCUGUACUCGGACACUGAAGACAGCGACGAGGAAGUCUCAACACGGCAUACCUACAGCACAUCUGCAAGGCGGCGAUGGCCACCACCUGCACGUCUGCCUUCAGUUUACGUUGUCAAGGCCAGGGGCGACGGCGAUGGCACAUCGCCCAUCCUGCCCACUUCUGACCACCGGCGGGAGCAACAGCGGGAGGCGUGGCUCGCAACUGCAGGAGUAGACCAAAGCGUCGCCAUGGCAGCCACAAGACACCAAAGAUCGAGUGUGGCACGAAUAGCUAGCAGCAUCUUCUUGGGGUUUUGGAAAGGAGUUUACGUGGUGGCAACGGCGGUGAUGGUCACUGACGUCUGGCUUCUUUCGAGGAUGACGCCGCAACGGCGCAAGCGCCUGGCCAUCUGGCUGUUCGCGCUCGUCAUGCUUCCCCUUCUGGCCUGGCUCUACUACGAGGAGAACGGCUCUUCCCUGCCCUCGGUGCAGCCUACGUUGGCCUCGGCUGGCAGCCAGCUCUAUGGGGUGGCAGCGGAAGUAUCAAAAGCAGUGGCGGCGGCAUUGGCGUCCUGGAGUUUUCCACCGGCGUGGCUUUCGUGGCCCUCGGCAGGCACUCCGUCACAGUCUCCGGCGACUCCAACGGAGCUGAAGAAGAAGCAGUGGGUAGAGCCAGAGUCGCUGUCGGAAGAGCGCAUCCGCUUUCUUGUGGAAACCGAACUGAAGCGCCUGGCUCCGCAACUUGCCGCCAGCUUACGUGACGGCGAGCGGGCAACUGUUCAGAGCAGCGAUGAAGUCAGAGAGCUGAAGAUGGAGCAGGCGAGACAACGGACCACGCUCGAUCGUGUUGUCCACGUUUUGGAAGAGAGAAAGGACUGCUGCCCGGAUGUGGCUGCACUGCUUGCCGGUCUGGACUCGAAGAUCAUGGGCAAAGUGCUUGAGGUGUUGAACGACACCUCGGCGGGGUCACCUAGUAGCCAGCUGCACCGGUGGAUGACCGAAGAGAUGGACCGGCGAGAGGGCCGCUCAAACGCUGACCAGGAACGCCGUCUUGGCACCCUGCUCGACGGCCAUCGCACCAGCCUCCAGUCUGAAAUCGUGGCAGCCGCUCGCCUGGCCUCUGAAGCACGAAGGGACGCACAGGAGGCUCAGCAGGUGGCAGAAGCAGCACAAGAAAAGGUUCGACAGGCACACCAGACCGUGGCACUACCGACCGGCAGCACCGCCGACUUAGACACGGUCACGCGAGUGGUGAAAGAGGCCCUGUCCAAAUAUGAUGCGGACAAGACCGGUCUACCGGACUAUGCCUUGGAAAGUGCUGGAGGGAGUGUGGUGAACACGCGCUGCACGGACACUUACACCGAGAGGUCGCCAAAGUACUACAUGUUUGGCCUGCCCCUCUGGACUUUCUACCGCACGGCGAGGGAGGCUAUAUCGCCCGGCAUGCACCCUGGCGAGUGCUGGGCCUUCCGUGGAUCCCAGGGACACCUGGUGGUCAGGCUCGCACAGCCCAUCAAGGUGACUGCCUUCAGCAUAGAGCACAUCUCACGAUCGCUGGUCAGCUCUGGCCACACAAGCAGCGCGCCGAGGGAGUUCCAGAUGUGGGGUCUGGACUCUGAAACUGACUCGCCGGGACGACUGCUCGGAAGCUACACGUACGAUGCGGAUGGCGACACCCUCCAAUACUUCAUCGUUCAGGAUCCCGAGCCAGACAAGUACGAGUACGUGGAAAUGAAGAUCUUGAGCAACCACGGCAACUUGGAGUACACGUGCCUGUACCGGCUGCGCGUCCACGGAGAACCCGCGUAGUGAGGCGCCGGUGCCCGGCCCCAUCAAAGCCACGAGUGAUGGCAAGCUACGUUUCCUCGGCUGACUGUGAUGUGUGAUGGUGCGCUUGUGCCUUGGACAGAUUUCGUGCCAUCAUGCUUGUGGUUGCCGAAGCUGACCACGUACACGACUCCUAACUGGUGCGUCACUUGCCUGGUGAUGGGUACUGUGGGGCACAAAGUGUUUAACGUGUUGACUCGAAGCCCGGAUUCCUGUGCUGCGAUGCUCCGUUCCUCACCAAGUGCGUGUGAGCCAUCGUCGGAAAGCCUCUCGAGAUUGUACAGUCGCGGUCCCGACAACGGAGAACUACAAACGAUGCAGUCCGGAACGCUCGCUGUCUGGCGGAAAUCAACCCACUCUGCUUUUUUUCUCAAGUGUUGCGUUGUUGUGACGUGACGCGUAGCAGUGGGAGAAACGCCGAUCACGCCAGCACCGGCCUGGCUUUUUAAUAGAUCUGACCGCACAGGACAGGAGCGCUGGCCGAUGUUUGCAGCUUUUUUUGUGUGUGGUGGACGCACUCAGUUACUUGUCGUGAGGCAAGCGCACGAGCUCCUUAACAUUGGGCAUUUAGCAGUUCUUGUUGAGUGCGGUAGCAGUACUUCUUUUUAGCAAGUUGUCUCUGUCGGUUAAAAAUUAAGGAGUUUUCUUUUUAUCUUUACAAUGAGCCACUGAAAGUUUUAGUGCGCACUUCUUUUCAUUUUUUUUUUUUUUUUUAAUAUUCAAUGCGACUGAUUUUAAGUUGAAGGGUCCCUGAAACAUUUUUUUCUUUAUUUGUGCUUGUGUGACUAUUCAUACCGGUGAAACCUUUGCGUCUGUUAUUUAUGGCCGCAUCUUGCAAGUAUGCAGGUGUAGGCAUAUGGGCAGCAAACUCGGAGCUUGCCCGUCGUCUCAAUUGAAGUCACUUUUGCUUAUCUUCGCUUUUACUACUGGUAUGGAUGAAUUGCCAUGCUCACUCAUUGGCAGGAACUUGUUGAACUGCAAAAGUAAUUGCAGAUUUGAAAGAUUUCUAAACAAAUUCCGGUAUAGUUUACAUGGCACAUUCAGUUGCUAGCGAUUUCUGUGUUUGUAUAUAGUAAAUGAUCACAGAGCUACUCCAACAGUUUUAGUCAACUCUUGACCACAUGCCUGCAUCAUGGUUGUGCCUUAUGUCAAAGAUGUCUCUUGUCUUCAAAGCGUAGUUUCAAAAGUGAUGCCAUAUUUAAUUCUAGAAGCCGGAGUACAACCAAGCUAGGUUGUUCGUGUUUGAGUGCACAAAGUUCUGUACUAACUGUCGUUUGCACUGACGAGAUACACAGGCUCUUACGGCACAGAAUGCCUGAACAAAAAAAUGUACGCCUUUUGUUUUUUUGUUUGUGUGCGUGUUUUUGUUUUGUUGGCUUUCAGAUACAAGCUCUGAAACUGCCAUAACAGGUCACAAGUGUUCACAUCAACCUGUGGUAUGUUUUGUGUUGA